AUGGUUCGAGACCUGAUUUAUCUGACUGAUGAUUACAGCAUCCGCUGUUGCUACGGCAUACUUGUAUUUAAUUACUGGGUGCCUUUCGAUCCUACGAAAAAGGACGUGACCACUAAAAGGCGGCUGCACAUCUUUCUAUACGGGUUCGAUAUGCAUGUAUUUAACCGAAACUCAUUUUACGGUGGAUCUACCUUAAGUGAAAAGAAUUAUUCAAAUGCAAGUCAUCAGUCACAAUCUCGGCGCAAUGUGCAGCAGGAAGAUACACUGGGAUGGAUUUGGACAAAAUUCGAACGCCUCUUUCCAGUUGUUAGAUUCCAUUUGGAAAUGUCAAAGUUUUGCUUCGGUAAUCACCUCAUUCCUCGUGCUUUUGUUCUGACAUGCCAAAAGGCGCAUGGAACGUACACCCAAAAGCGCGCCACUUGGCGGUAUGAUAAGUAUCAGCACUGGGUUUCUUUGGAUUUUUAUGAUUUUAUGGGAUCAUUGGUACCAGUUUCUAAGUAUUCUGGGCAUUACGCUGUUGAAGAACCACCACAAAAGGCAGAUACUUUUCGCGUAUUUUCUCUCGGACGGGGCAAGAUUACGUAUUAUCAAGACCAGCCAGGUAUUAAAAAUUGUAAUUUGCUGAAUUUCCUUGCCAUAAUUUCUGCUGAAUUUUUAGGUUUGAUUUCUGUUGAAUCGGAAGAUGUACAACUUAGCGAAAAUCGGGAGUCAACCUUUUCUACGUUUCCAGAGUGGAAAAUGAUAAUAAAUGUAGAAAAAGAUUUUCUCUUAGCGUAUGGACCCUGGGCUGAUCGCCAACGUGAAAUGCUAUGGAAGUUUUUCUUCCCACCAACCUAUCGGCCAGCCGAGGUAACCCCGGCUCCUUCUGUUGGGAAAUUUCGCACAACUCAAAAGUUUACUUUGGACAUUUCCAGUUCGACCACUGUACAAAUGGACCUCUGGUUUGUUCAGGACAAGAAUAAGUCAAAUAAGUUCGCCCUCCAUGGUGGACCUGAUUCUACCUUCAAGCUGUCAAUGCCCUGGGUGAUAAGAAAGGAUGGCAGUACUGUAGAGAUGGCUUUAAGUCUAGCAAAAGGUAGUUUGGUGACAGACUGCUUGUGGCACAACCUCAUUACAUCUUCCUGGUUUGACCUUCAAUUGAGUGUGCACUACCCAAGGCACUGGAACUCUCUACAAACAUGGACUUUCAAUCUGAAUGGCCAGGAUACAAUCUUUUCCAUGCUCUAUACACAGAAGACGUACUUCAAAGGUGUGUAUCUUGAAUUCAGAUGGACUAAUGACCACUUUUCGUCCAUUUGUUUACUUGUGAUCUUUAUACUCCGUAUCAAUUAUUCCAUUUCGGUUAAUGCUUUUUUAUUCUUCCCAGCGUUUGUGUCUUUCUGCACGGAAAAGUUCAACUUUGGUUUUGAUUUGCCAUUCAUCGACUUCCUACCAGCUACUGUUCCAAUCAAAUUUGACAUUACUGCCUUGUCCGCCUCGCUGUGUCUUUCAGCCCCAGAAACCAGCACUCUCCUCUAUUUGAUCAAGGAAAUGCAUGAGAAUCUCAGGCUUGCCGGUAGUAAUUGCAAACCACAGAAAAAUAACCCAUUCAAAGUUAUUGAGGAGACUCUCCCGAAUCUCGAAACGUCUGCCCGAGUACAGUUGAAUUCGAACUGCUGUUAUGAAGAAAGAUGCGUUUUUCGGCGAGACUUAGUGAUUCUUCUUGUUUUAAAGACGCAGGCGCUAUUGGAUCGAAUGCUGGCGGGCACCCAGGGUUCACUUGAAGAUCGGAUUUUGGCACCACGGGACCCUGAGGAGACUGCACUCGGUGAUCUGCGUCCCGAAGGGUCGAAGGCUCGUGGGCCCACGGAAUCCGAGUUAGUCAGGUUCAAUUUCGAUCCUUCGUAUAUGCAAGCCGACCAACUGGACGUUCACGUGGCUAUUCCUAGCUCCCAGCUCCUCUUUUACGGUGCUCUGAUUCGCUAUAUCAUUCAUUUUAAGGAAAACUACUUUGGUUGCUACCAGACGCCUAUAACGACGGAAGACCUAAAGGUGUAUGGAGUUAAUGAAAAGGGGGAUGGAUGCUUAGUGCCCCCACAUAUUUCUGCGCAUGACCAUCCAGGCAAAUCAAAUAAUGUGGUGGAUCCUCGUGAAUAUCGGCCUUUUGCGGUCCGAGUCACGGUCUCCAUUCACAAUCUGCAGGCGCAUUUACCUAUGCACACCAGUUCAGAAAUACCUCUGUGUCCAACAGCUUUCCUCGAUUGCAUAGGAUUUGAAAUGGAUAAGAAUUUUAAUGAAACAAAACUACAACUUCUCUUUUCACCCGUUCUUCUCUGCGUUUUUGAUAAAUGCAAUGCCUAUCGUCCACCCAACGCCGAUAACCUCAGCACAGGUAGGGCUCAGCUGACCGGAUUCGAGCUCAGAGGACAUGCAAUGUUCAGCAACAGGGGUCUCCCAUUGAAGGCGGAUACAGUGGAAUACGCCUGGCUCUUUGAGAUCACGUGCGGUACCCUAACUGGGCAACUAACUGCACCCCAAGUUUCCUCCCUCGUACAGAGUGUCUCAAGCCUCAUAUUCUCAGCUAUUGAUUUGGAGAAUGCCAUUCUCUCUCGUAGAUCGGGAGAGCUUUGCCAACACGCUCUAGACCCUACCCAGUGUUCGUUCUGGACGAGCAAAUCACCUGGCGCAAAGUUGUGUCCAACAGAGAUUGAACUCAAGUAUCGCCUUUUUCGGUUCAACUUGGAUGGUGCGGAACUGGCUAUCGUGGAGUCGGGCACGUGCCUAAUGAUCAUGCUGGAUGCUGUCCGUGUGGCCCGCUGCAACAUGCAUGACGUCCACUCUCGCGACGGCAUCUCUGUUUUCCUUCCUCGUGUGCAGUUCCUUCAGUUGAUUAAACCCAUCAAAUUGGCAUCACAAACACUGGCUAAGGAUGGUACACUACAUAGCUCUUCUGCCAAGACACCUUUGACGUCUCAGCCUUGGUUGGAGGCGGGUUCUCUUGGCUUCGGUCCUGUUCAUCUUCACUCGGGCAUUUCGGGUCUGGACCACGCCUAUCGUGACCCUCAGCUGGUUUUUAUUCGUCACCAUGAUGCUGCCUCUCAUCGUCUCUGGUUUCUCUGGCUUCCGCACGACUCCGUGAUAUCCUCCGAUGCAGCUGUGCGAUGCGGCUGCUAUGGCAACUGUGCCUUUUUUGGCCCAAACGCAUCGGGUAAAAUGCUUCUCGAUGAGGUGUUAACUGGUGUAUUCUCUAGACGCGCUGUCUUCUUUUCCGGAUUAAACUCAAACCCGUCCGAAAUCACAGAAGACGGUCCACUCAGGCAUCCUUUUUCAAUUCUAAACACUAACAGAACCUCUUUCAAUGCUGGCACGACGGAGCGUAGUCUUGGGGUCAAUUUUGGAGAGAGUCUUUUUGAGCCAGAUCAAUUGGUCUUCCAGUUGCAUAACUCAAAUGUUUGUUCGGACACCUCAAAUGGCUUUGCCCUUAUGCGGAUGGAUGUACUGAUGGCGGAUGAAGCGGCUAAGUUUGAAACAUCGACUCUCUCCCAAUUGUGUUACUGUUCCUCUGAGGAAGACAGGGAAGAAGAGGAGAACGCAGAUUCUUCAUUAGCUACACUAUCCUCUUCAAGCGGUGAUGAACCUCAAGACUUUAAAUUGACUGAAAGCCUUGGGGGAAAAGGAGGAAAGCAUGAAAGAAGAAGGGGUAGAGGCAAUCGCGCUCGUUCAUCCACUGCAUCUUUGGAGAAGCCGUUGUUUGGAGAAGAAGAAGAUGGUGCGCUAACUAGUGAUCGCGAUGGUUCAGCGCCCGGCCUUUCACUAACAAGUCUUCCCGAUGGUCUGUCGGUCGGGCUUCCAGCAGCUCAGGUUUUACCUCCCCCACCUCCACCCAGGCAGUUAGUCUCUGAUGCAUCGGCAACGCGCAUUUCCACCAGUUCUGUCCCCCUCUUCACUGACACUUCGGACACGCCCUUUAAUCAACGAAGAGGCAGCACAAGCUCUUUGCGGUUCACUCAUGGACCCUCGAAAGCAUCUGACGAAUCGACCCUUUCCGGUGAAGAUUUCACGGCAAAAUAUGUCGAUCUUCAUGGACAGUUAAAUCGUCCCAUCACAGAAAGCAGUCUUUUGAGAACAGCGUAUGAGCGACAUUUGAAUCGUUACAUAGCCAACACCGAGCUGUGUCCCCCAUUGCGAUUAAGGCAUCGCUGGCGAGUCUGUCGACGCUUUCGAGGUCGCCAGCACUGUACAGUUGAUGUGGGAAAGGGUGAAAAUGGUGAGAGACUGGUAGACGCAAGGCCCAAGUGCGGUUGCCGGAUUGGAAUUGCCAAGGCUCCUGAGUUCCUUUGUUCUGCCACUGGUUUCUCAUUCCGAUCCAUGGUGGAUGCCAUGUCUGAGACAACGAUUUCGGAGACCACACCAACCAGCAUUACUCAUCCUGAAGGCGGUAGUCCUGCUCCUUCGUCCUUUCGAAUCUCUGAUCUUCGACCAUUGCUCUAUCCUCACUGCUGCAAUGCGCAGGUAUGCGAAUCUUCUGCCGCGUCGGUCUCUCGUUCCUCCACCACAGUUUCAGUUCUCGGGCCGGUUGAUAUCUUUCUCACUCCACUCUGCACCGAAUGCAUCGAUAGAUAUAUAACAAUUAUGGCACCAGUUUUGGCAAAUCGUUCUCCGAGCUCUGUUAUCGACGAGCUACACUUCAAGUGUAUCCUUUCCGCUGGUCGUCAGGGCAAAGUGCUCUAUGAACAGCUGAAGCACCAAAACCCUCAAAGUAGCUCAGAUCCUAAGUCACCUUCCUCGCCGUCAUUGCAACAGCAUACAAAACGCUCCAUAUUCUUUGAUCAAUUCUCUGAGAACGCUCUAUGGUUCCACAAAAUUGGUGGUGAUCAUGGCCCUACUUUCACCGACACACAAGCGGGUCACCGCGAUCGCUCCGUCUCUUCUUUCCAUGCACCAAGUAUGGAUGACUCUAGUGAAACACCGAGCACCGUACUUCCGAGGUCUCACAGACAACUACUUCCUUUCUCGGAUAGUCGCUACCACCUUGCCGAGGAGAACAACCUUGUGGGUUUUCUCUCCCUCGGUCGUGUAAAUAUAGGAUUUAUGCAAAUUUACGCAGUGGAGGACAUCGUCACUGUUGACAGUCUUUCCUUGGGUUUGCAUGAUCUUACCUGCGUCUCACUGCUCACUCUCGCCGUGGACAUGGUUAAAAUAGAGGUUCUUAACAAUAGACGAAUUCUCCAUUACGGCGUAGAAUCCCGUGAACUGACGUCAUCAUCACACGGAUUUUCUCCGGACCUCCUUUCGCACAAGUUGGCGGGCGAGAGAAGGUUAAGCAAGGUUCAAGAAGAGCAUGAUGACGAUACUUCUACCGCUGUUUCUCCACUUCUCUCCUCUCCCCUUCGCUCAGAUGCAGUUACUCUACGUCCUGAUAGUCAAGCCUCCGCUUUGAUUUCUAGUUUAAGAAAACGCUACGCUGAAGGUGAUGUGGAAACCGGAUUGCCACUACCCUUACCUGCGACUCAGUCUUCUCCUUCCAAGGUUGUUAGCGCCACAGAGGUUCGCCACACUGAGCGCCUCGUCUGCAACUUCUCUAUCUCUCGCAUCCACUCGCAGCUCCGUCGACUCACACGCGAGUCUUCAUUCACGCCCGAGGUUCUCCUCACUGCUAUUCCCUUCUCUGCCUCGCGUGUUUUCUUUGCCUUUGAUGCGGAUCAGCAGUCGCGAUUAGUCACACGCAAGUCGUCGCCAGCUGGCGGACUCUACACAGGCGUACAUGGGCCUGCACAGGCCAGCCUUGCUCCUUCUCUUCACUCUUACAAACCCUCAAUUUCAACUCCUAGUCCUUCUGAUUCUUUGCUACCUGGGCAUUCUGCGGGCUGGAUUAUGUUUGAGUCUGGUAUGGAAGAGCUAACAUUGCUUUUUGUUCAGCGAAGAGGCUAUGGGGACUCCUUGGAAGAGAGACCUGAAUCAAGGAAUACUAAUAAAAAGCUUACAUCUACUGCGAGCGUGUACCCUUCACAGGAAGGGAAUGUGGAGACUGAGGAGGAUAGUGUUGAUCCCAAUCGGAACACUGGAUGUAGUCCCACUCUCGUAGGUGAUUUUGAAAACAAGGCCCUCAAGGAUGAUGGCGAUGAUGAAAAUGAAGGAAUUAGGAAUGCUUUUUUAAUGAACUUGCAUGUCAAAACCGUUUGGCUCAACUUUCCUGCUCCCAAGCAUUUACCAAACAAGCGCCGUGUCGAAAUUAUACGAUCCGACUGGAACUUUUUAAGCACUGUGACUCCAACAGUGAAUGCGUGGAUCGGACCCUGCAACCGCCUUGCAUCAAAUUCGAAGCAUUUUAUCUCCAUCACGGAACGGCGAACCCUCUCGGUUCUCGCCUGUCUUAUGAUGGAGGCAGUGAACGGGGAUAAGCCUCUACCUGACUUCCGUUUCAGCUCCCUCGAAGAUGAGAUGUUUAGCACUUACUCAACUCUGCGCACACCAGAUGCACGUAGGCUUCGCUACGAUCCCUCUUGCCAGAUAUUCACCACCCUCAGACGCUAUCUACAGGCCCUUCGAAAGCAGAAUAGUCAGGAAUUUGUUGAUGCCAAACUGAAUGAGUGGCUGCGUGAAUCUGUUCUCCCUGAGAAAAUGAUGCUUCUUCGUGGUCUUUUUCUCAUUCUCCGCGAGUGGCGAGUUGCUGUCGACGUCAUGGUUUUAGCUACUGUUCCUCCGGUAAUAACUCGAAAACUCACUGCUCUGUUAAGUCGGAAGAAGGAGCAUGCAAAUGACGGUAGAAAUACAGUUUUUUCUCAUGACCCCGUGGAGCGUCGACCAUCAGGACUGACGUUGCGGAUGUUUGAGUUGUUGACGCAGAAUCCGGGUAGUUCAUCACGCACUCUUAAUCCUGCUGGGGAUCGUCUUCAAAACCAGGUUUCGGGAACAGUGGAGGAGGUGGAUGACAUCGAGGAAUCCGAUCUGGAUGACGAAUCUCUCGUUAAUGAUUCGCGAGUUCGUUGUGAAAAUACUAUCCUCUAUCGUUUUCUACAGGAUGCUCAGCAUGGCAUAAGACACGGAGGCUCUAGUGCCAACAUUCUGGAUGCUGCUGAAUCCUCACCAAACUACAGAAGCACUGCGACUUAUCAAUCGCAGCAGGCUCAAGUAGAUACGGAACCGGAGGUGACGUUUCGUCCGAAAGCUAACGAGAGUGGGAGGAAUGGUCAGCAGCAUCAUCGUUUACCCUCCAUCACCUCGGAAAACGUGAAUCAGAUCAAUCAUUUGAGAGGUCAAUUCCGUUUCGUUGACGACGCACAACGACUUUUCAGACCUCUACUCGAGGCCAUAGGCGUUAACAUUAAGGGCGUCCGUCGUAGCGCGCUGAUGAAGAAGUUUGGGGGCCUCUUUGCGGCUGAGGGCAUGCUCGACUGUUUUCAGAUUGAGAUAUGCGAUUCUUUGGAGAACCCGCUGCAGAAAUUUAAGCCUUCAUUAUCGAGCUCAACUUUGACUGCUGAGAACACGGGGUCUUACCGUUUGGGAGCAAGCACUCUGCCAAAGGUCAAUGUCAGCGCCGUUCCAGCCGCACCGAGAUCUGUCACGGGUAUUCCCAGUCCCUCCACCCAAAGAGCGCUGAUGUGUCAUCGGUUCUCCACCAAAAUCACUCUUCGUGACGUCGUUGGAUUUGGCAAGCAAGAUGGUGCUAAUUUGCGACUGGGUGAUGUGGAACUGCGCUCUACGACGACUAAAAUAAUAGCGGAUCUUCAUGUGGACAGCAUCAGUCAGCACUCAAAUAUGCCCCUUUUCAGGCUUACCCACCAAUUUGUUACAAUGUUUUAUUGCGCUCGCGAUGCGCAGAAUUCAGCAGAAAGGAGAAGAAAUCUCAUUGUUUGUAAGGCUACCUUUGAUGCCAAAGAUUCAGUGACGGAUACAGUUGAGACCGGAAGUACUCUCAAAUCGCGUCCAGAUUAUAUUCGGCUCAGUGGUCAAUCUCAAGGUAGCACAAUCGAUAGUGCUGCUCAUCAGCCUCUUGCCAAUGCCGGUGAUACAAGAGAACCAUCCUUUGGAAGUGCGCCUGUAUCGAUACCCGGUCAAGGCUCUCAGCAUCUGCCAUCCCCUUUCGAGUCUUCCCAAGACCCUUCAUUCGGUAGGGAUGCUGGACCGUCCACCAAUCCCCCUAUAUUGGGUACAGGAGCCCGGGACAAAUCCUUUGAUAUGCCUCACUUAACUGCCGCUGGUCAGCUUCCGCUGGUCCCGGUUGAUGCUGGUGAAGCAGUCCAAUCCUCUUCGAUUCCUGAAUGUUGGAGGAGAAUGCUGCGCUAUAUAGAUCUCUACUCAACAGUUCCUGAGACGAAAAAUGUCACAAAGAGGGCGUCUGUCAUGCCAACAAUAUUGGAGGAAAAUGAUUACUUCUGUCCUGCUAAUAUGGAAGUAGCUGUAAUGAAUCCAUCGGAGCCCUAUUUUUACUUCAUCUGCACACACUUACAGGCAAUGGGACACAAGGAAGAAGCUGCGACUCAUCUAGGCGGUGUUGCGGGUCUUGUGGGAGGAUCUACCUCGCGCUUCUCCUUUAUGGGCGGCCGCCACGACACCACAGUGGACCUGGAGGCGGGUCUAGGACAACGCCACUCCGCCACAUCCGUGUCCGCAUCGUUUGACUCGGUGACGGGGCCUAGGCGUGGCGAGCGGAGCAUGGUUCCUUCGCCCUGGUUCAAGACCUCUGAGCGCAUCCCCACUGUGGUACUCGUCACCAUGCGUGUUCGCCAAAUGACCGUUUCUGCAGUUCUCUCUGAGGUCAAUCUCACCGCUGUGGUGCGUAGAAUCCAUGGCUCCUUCACCAAAACCAAUCGAGUUCGAGGUCAUAGUUUGUUCAAGGAAAGGUCGUCAAACUUUAGUUUUUCUGGUCACUUUGGAGACGGUGAUGUUCGGUUGACUGAAGGGAUUGGCAAAUUUGCACAGGAAGCUGCUUGCAUGAAAGUCGAUCAUUCUCACGUCUUACUCUCCUGUGUACGAUCGUCGCGCCAUGGUGAAAGAAAUGCUUGUGUCAUAGGGUUGGGGCAUGUUGAAAUCACUGUACCUCAUCAUCCAGUGCGCCUUCAUGGAAUGGUUCAACGGCAGGCAAGGCACCUUAGUACUACUGUCUCUGAAUUUCUCCAACUUCCCAAUAGUCCUAUCAUCCCUUCAUCCACCGGUAGUCGGAAACGAACUUGCAUGGACGGGGGAUUGACAGCGAACUUGGAAGAAUUCAGUCACAGAUCAGGAGCUGAAGAUCAUCUUCUUGGCAACGAUGGUGAAAACGGUCCACACCUAAUCGUCAAUAUGACAGCCGUCGCAAGAGGCCUCACUGUUAAUGUCUCCCUUCAUCCUACUCUCAAUGCCAUCUACACUGUGGAUCCUGUUUACUUCUUGGGACAGGUCGGACCAAACGGGUAUUUGGAUGUGACCGUUAACAAACAUGCGCUCAGUUUUCAAUCUCUGCAACUGCCAAUCAUGUUUCCACGGUCUGUUAGUUUAAGUUUGCCAAAGAUUUUGGCAUUUUUGGCUCGGCGGCAGUCACCUGGCGGACACUGCAUUCUCGGCCCCAGCGGUGAACGAAUAGUUCCUCAUGGAUUGACAUCUCGCGAAGGCUCCUACCUCGAUGCGCAGGUUUCGGUUGGCUUCUUUGAGCAACGCUUGCCCUCCGAUAGGCUCAACUACAUAAUGGUUGUCGUCAAGCUCCUCAUGAAGGAGAUAAAUGAGGUGAUCCGGAAAAUGGCGGGUGAACAACAGCCUUGGCAAACGGAUGCAGCAACGCCGGCAGGUCAGCUUCACUCUCGAUUUUUACAGCAACAUCACCAGCAGCAGCAAACUCCCCUCUUCCGUCGGUGUUCAGCUUCAAUGAUCCCACCUGAGCCCCUCUUGGAAGUAUCUGCGGCUCCUCCCAAUCGAUUCUCUGUUUCCAGUCGUUUCAGUUUCCGUUUGAAAUUCGGUGGGAUUCUUCUCCUUGCCAAGACCUUUAAUGGUGCGGUAAAAUUUGAGACUUCAGAAAUGCAUGUUGAACUGUCGAACAGAAUCGGUAGGAAUCAUAACAGCUGGUACACUGACUCCUCUUCCUCGUUCUCCGCGCGACCCCAGCAUGACCUCUCAGGCUCAACACCACCUGUUAAGACAGAAAAAGCCCAGCCUGCACAGGAUUCUAACUCUCGACCACAGGCUCCCUCGGAUACGCUCUCGUUCACAAGUUCUGAAUCAAUUCUCAUCUACGCCAAGAUCGAUCACAUGAGCGUUGAACUUGGACAUCUUGAUCAGGACGUCUUUUACGAGGUGUGGGAUCAGGAGUUUCGCACCCUAGCCUUCUUCCGCACAGCUAUCGCUCUCCGCUCGCUUCUAGCGGAGGAAAUAAAUCUUCCCGCCAAUCAACAGAUACACCGGAAUUCAUUACUUCGCAACUAUGAAGAGGGUUUCUCUCGUUCUUCCCACUCCCGCUCUAUGCCUCCUCGUACUGAUGGCGACAUCGCUGAUACAAGUGGUGGCAAUGGUGGUUGCGCAGACGGACAUUCCAGUACAACUAGCGGUGCUAGUAGUGUUGUUUUCACACCAGUUGAUGAAGCAGGUAGCAGUGGUGCUGUUUCCACUGUUGGUCAGGAGGCCUUUUUAGUAUCGCUCCGCCAUCCGAUCAUUUGGGCAAAACCUUCGGCCUUUGAUAGAGCAAUACUUCUAUGGAUGGUCUAUAACAGCGAAUUUGCUAAAUGGAAUGAACAUAUUCAGCAGUUGGAUUCAUUGUCCGGUGAAGCAAACGUUACUUCUCCUAACGCAGAGAGGAGUCAUCAUCGCGCAGCUUCUGCGGCACCACCAACGCCUGCAUUUCCCACCGCCCCUGUGCCCUUGCGCUCCGUAGCCUCACCCAGCCUCUCGAGCCCUUCGUCAGCGGACAACACGAGCUCUGGUGGCACUGGCAGCCUCCCCAAGCGCAAACAGUUGCGCGAUCCCACAUCACAGCCACCUCUACCGGUGCCCUCUGGCCCUAUCCUCUUCUUUCAACUCAAUGUAGAGGAUCUGGGCAUCUGCUUACCCACUAAUAUUCUUCAGUUAGGUCCUCAAUCUAUGGAAGUCGAUUCUCGAACUGCGCUUGUGUUAACUUUGGAGCAGAGUCGUAUUUCUGCCUGUCUUCGGGGCUCUCUAGUUAGUGAGGGUGAAUUUAUAGACUUUUGUCUAAGAUUUGAUGACGAUUUCAACGUUGGUUCUGAUGAUUGGAAGCCGGAUAAGACCCGCUCAACGGUGACCGUCAAGAAGGAAGAGCAUUUGGUCAUUAUGAACGCGUGUGUGGUGCCCAGGGGUACAUUCCGAGUCUGUUGGAAGGCUGUUGAGGCUCUACGUGCAGAAGAGCGUGGUCGAUGGCUAGUGAAGAUUCAGUAUCAGAUGCGAGGUCUCGAUGUACACAUGGAUGACAAUAUUGGACGUCGGUUGAACGCCCUCUUCGACAUUCUUACCACCGUGGCUAAUGUCGAAGGGGAACAGCAGGCUUCUGGCUGUACUGCUGGCGGCGGUGGUGAAACAGAAACAGGGAUUGGAAAUGGUGCCGUUGACGAAUGCUCCUCCUUUCAACCUAGCCUUUCCAUCGAUGAUGAGACUGAUAACGUCUUCUCUUCUCGAACCAAGGCUCUCGAUUAUCCAAUCCUCCCUAUCGAAACUACUAACUUGGAAAUUCAACGUCGAUCUAGCCAAUACCGACGUCUCAAGUGGAGCAAUCUUCGAAGGAAGGCAACAAUACCUUCUUUCCAUCGUCGUGGUCUUCACAGAACUAGCUCUCUGAACAAGGAUGAAAGAUAUGAUAAAUGGUCAGUGCUGAAAAGACUCACAAAUGGCAUCACUGCGUGUUAUGGGCUAGGUCAACCUAAGCAAACUAAUAGUGCCGUGCCCUCUCCUACUCCUACUGAAGACGAUGGUGAUCUUGUAAGCGCUGCGGGCUCAUCAAACGCCUGUGAUCAAGCUACGUCUUCUCAAACCAAUUCCAUCUACUUUGACAUUGAGGAUCCAAUCUCAGGCGAUCGUCAAUCUGCUGUAUCUACUCAUCUAACUAAGACACCGUCAAUUUUUCGAAUCGAUAAGUUUCCUCAUCAUAAAGCAGACACUUAUUCUCUGCAAGAUGAAUGUCUUAUCAGUGUCGCAAAAAUGAAUGGAGACCAGACCACUUCUGUUCGAGGGAAAUUCCGACAGCCUCCCACACCACCUCCUCGAAAGCACACCUCUGCUUCAUCCGUUCUUAAAACUACAAAGCAGUCACCUUUCUCCAGCUCCCCUAUAGAGAAGUCCCCUCGAAGUAGCCUACUUUUGGAACUGGAUGUCAAUAUUCACGUAGACUCCGGUAGAUGUGGUCUGCAUCCUCGUUUACCCAAGCAGGAAGGAGGUGGAAAAUCAAUUUGGCCUACUUCGCCGGCUAUAGGUAGCCCUUCUUCUUUGCAAGACGAACUUUACAAGGCCUAUCUGGCCAGAUACAAGAGACAACUCUCCCAGGAUCCCCUCUUAAAACCAACUGAUAUCUCCGUGUUUUAUCUGCCUGCACUUGAUGUUGGACUACACUACAAAUCACACACGAACUACGACCUCUGGAAUCAACAAGCCUACCACACAUCUGUGGAGAUGCCUAAGGCGAGGCAAAAGAUGGGCGUCGGUGACGGGAUCAAGACUGGCGAGAUUACGCUUGAACCAAAAAACGACACUCUAACAGCUACUACUGAUGAGAUGGGCAAGGAGGCCGAAGUGGAAGUGAAGGCAACGGGAGAAGCGUCGAACAGUGACGCUGAGCAUUAUCCAGACCCCUCUCACAGGCUCACGUCGGGUACAAACAACUCCGUUGGUGCCUACCCUGACGUUGGUCGCUCUGCUGACCUUUAUGCCAGUGUUGUCCUUCAGAAACUACCACAGUCAUUGAUCGUACAUCCAGGCUUGUUGGAUUUCUUGGAACAGGCGUUGGAAAAUCUUCCAGCUGCAUUGGAUUCUGAGUCGGAUGAUGGUCAAUCGACGCAGCCAAAGUCCUCUGUACAAUUCAACGACGCCCUGAUGACAAGCACGAAGGCAUUUUUGGUUGACGUAGUCGUUCAUCUAUGCAUCAAGCCAUCCAGUAUUCGUUUCCUUUGUCUACCUGCUUCCCAAAUGCAAUGUCUUAUCACUCUUCCAUCGUUGAAUGUGAUAUUCUCCACCGAACGUCUUGCUGAAGAAAAUUUGAAGGAUACUGGCACUCUUUCUAACCUAGUUGCAUUCUCAUGUACUCCUAAUUCAUUGAUGUCGUUCAAUAUUAAGCAUCUCAUUAAUGAUGUCUUGCUAUUCUUCCCAUUUGAUGCUUAUAAUCUUGGAUUUGCAGAUGGAAAGCCCGCUGGUCGCCUCUCGAUUACAGCCAAUUUAGCUGAUAAUAUCGUCCUCGGAGACCUUGUGUCUGCCAGUGGUCUUAAUGUGACUGCUAUUCUUAACGAAUUCCGUAUGUCUGUAUUUCACCCUUAUGGUGGAGGCAUCGGGGGUGUUCUACGACCUUCAACGGAGGUAGAAGGUACAUCACCAGGUGACUCUCUGACACUAAAGGUGCGAGACAUACGACUCAAUAUCAGCCGUACUGUCCAGACCAACGUCGUGGGCCAACAGCAACAGCAGUCACGCCAAUCCGGUGACCUCAGUACUCUGCCCGACGUGCGUGCUGCCACCGCCACCAUGACUAGCUACGUCACUGCCAGCUCCGGCGCUAACAGCAUAUCCCUUCAUAACAUCGUUCGUUUCUCCGGGGUUAUUGACAUCGGUGUGGCAGAAUUCAAGUGCGACACAAGAAGGAGCUUGGAGAUUUUACACAUUCCAAAGGCGUGGUAUAGGAAUAGCCUUGCUAGAGCGCUCUUCAUUGGAAAGGACUCGAAAAUACCUCGUGCCGGCCUUCUAUCAUAUUUUCUCUAUCGAAUCCUUUUUCCUUGCAUGUUCGACGAAAGUGAGCACUACGUAGCGAAAUUUAUAUUUUGUAUUCACGUUAAAGAAUCAGUGGGGUCAAUAGGCGUAUCAGGGCCCUCUCGAAUCGACGAUGAUAACACAGAAGAUGACAGUGACGUCGUGGUCAGUGAGGACGAGACAGCUGAGAGAAUACCGAAGAACCGCGCCACCCCGCCAACCACUGGCGUGGAUGAUCCUCUCGCCAACUGGUUGCAAAAAGGACCUCGGCUAAAAGGUACGUUUUGUAGUGUUAAUGCUGAUUUGCUUAUUCUUUUGCCUUUAGGCAAGGCUAGGAUCGGCGCGGGUACGGCUGCGGCUCCAAUCAAGCUUAUCGCUACCACUGAACGAGCAUCGAAGCGUCGUAGUGCCACAACGCCUCGCGAGGGUCUGACAGAAUCGCCCACGGUCCAGACAGUUUCCAAUACAACUACUCUGCCUCCCCUAAUUCCAACAAAUUGUCAUGCUCCCGAAGGUGGCCUCUCUUCCACUAGUCGUGGAGGUGGAGCCAAGGUGGUCUCUUGGCAAGCUCUUCCCAUAUUCUAUGUCAAAAUUGGCAAUUUGGACAUUAAGACUUACAUGGGAAGCGCCAUGGGUAGGACAAAACUCGAUGUGAAAAAUGUGUUUUGCGAUGGACGGCUGUAUCAAGACUCUUCCAAGCGCAGACAUGGUUCUCUGGGCGCGGGAGUGCAUCUCUGCCAAUUCACCAGUGAGCAGGGUGUUGUAGGAGGCGAGUUCACCCUGUUAGACUUAGAAUCGCGCAUUCACUUUAAGGAGGAUCCUCGCUGCGAUCCUCAGCACAGUGCUGAAUUGCUCAUGCGCGGUCUUCAGUUGCGUAUUGAGUAUAUGAACACAAACAUAGUUUUUCUUCGAAUUAACCAAGCUGAGAUGUAUCUUAACGAUGAAUGGCACCUACGGGAGGCGGACCACCUCUCAGUGAGCGGAAUGGGGGAUGAAAAUGAAAGUAGCGCUACUGUUCUUGCCUCGCGAAGAUUCUCCUCUCCUUCGCCAGGCAGUGAGAACGCCGAGGCCGUCAUGACUGCCAAUAUUGGUGCUCCACCUGUCUACGUUAUGAUUGCCGGUGAAAUAAACUGGGAUCAACUUCAGGUAGCGAUUGCCCGGACGACCACAGUUGAUUUAAUGCGCUCGGCACGCAAAGUACGAGAAUACUUUGAAGAACAAUUGCGUGAGGGUCGUAACAGUUGGAUAGGCCAGGGCGACUAUCUUUUGCGACCGGAUAACUCCAGCGUAGGCGUGAUGGUGGACACCUCUAGCACUCCUGGCGAUAGCCUUUCACUCCCUACGGGGAGUGGGGAAACUUUGGAAGUCGUCGAACCAAUGGCUGUGAGCGCUGCUCUGGGCUUCCUCUGCACUGAUGCAAACGUGGACAAAUUGCUGCAACGCCACUGGCAGCGUCCUAUGCUAGAAGCCAUCAGAGCCUGUCUAGCACACAUCGGUACACAGGCACCCCUCGUCCGACGUAGUCUUCUAGAGUCCACUGCACCUCCCAAUGAGAAUUCCGUUCCUCCGGUUUUGGGAGGCUCACUUCAGCUGGCUGGCAACUCGCUUGCCCUUGCCUGUUUUGCGGGGACCUUUAGAUCGGCUCCUGAUUGGGCUGUCUUCAAUAUGCAACAUCCUACCAUCUGCUUCGAGACGGAAGCACAGAGGGAACCGCGACAACGCCCUAUGCGGAUGGGAAAGGGUUCAACACUGAAUAAGAAAUCAGUGGCCUUUGCUUGUGAGGAUUCCGAGAGACUUCCGGAGAGCAUUGACGAGGUGGGCGGGUGGUUGAACGUACGGCAAGUGCUGAGCUUUGAUCUAGGUCAUCAGUUGCAGUACCGACCCCAGACCGCCUAUGUGUUGCGUGUGAGGCGCGGUCGUGAACAGAACCCCGUUAAAUUGCCCGUCACACCCACUAUCGCUGAGUGGCUGGAAUUUAUGUUUACAGCUGUUGACAUCACCGUUCUCAGUCAUGUCCGCGGAGCUAAUCCUCACUACGCCUCGGAUGUUGUAAAGCUCACUGAGUUCUCUGUCGAUUUUGCUGUCUAUCUGCCGUCAACAAGCGAUUCACUUCGUCGCCGUUUUGACGGAAUGCAAACAAGUGUCUCCCCUGACCGUCCUAUCACCGCAUAUCCAACCUCUGGUGUCGUGGUGACGCCUAGGCGUCCCAAUCCUCUGAAGCCUCCAACAGAGGCAGAGAUACUCUUUGUUCUACCUUCCGUUUCGAUGCGUUUGACCAGUGAUCAGCGUCAGAGUAUGGCUCAUCCCAGGGUCUCCGAGCUCCUCCUCUUCUCCCGUGACUUGCAACACGAAAAGGCGACUGCGGCUGCAGAGGCGGCUAAGAAGUCGAAGGUCGCAACGGCAACAGGACCUACACCUCCUGACGGGGAAGAAGAGGAGACACGGGAGGGUCAUGGCAGCAGUAGUGGUGAUGGUGAGGAGGAAGAAGAAAGCGAGCGAGGAACCGAAAAUUCCUCUGCCAAGGUGCACCUUAGUUUCCAGACGGAUCUUCAUGGGGUUAUUCAACUUGGUCUUCUUGAUGUUCCUUGGCUCCCCUUCCUUAUAAAGUCCUAUAUCAGUGAGCAGAUGCAUGACACCGAAAGCAUGACUACUCCCGAUCCCACCUACGCAGUGACACCCCGUACUCUAGAAUUAGCCAAAGAAGGUUUCUUGCCAGGUGGCCACAGUGCCACCGUGGCUGCAAAUGCCGUAAGUACGGCCUCACCAAUCGUCAAGGACCUACGUGGGUAUGAUGUGAUCCAUUGGAAUCUCUCGCCUGAAUGUCGUCUACUCUUGGCUUCCAAUAUCGACGUGCCAGCCUUCGACAAGUUUCUGGAGAACAUCGGUUUCCACAGAGCUCGGACUACUAUCCCCAAGUGGUUGCAGCGUGGCGUACUCGAUCACUUGGAUUCGGCAGUGGCCGGUCUGGUGCACGCGUCUUUGCAGUUGGCUGAUGAACAAAGCAAAGAUCAGAAGAGAGAAGAAAUGUCAGAACAAAAAUUACAUGAAUGCAACCUUCUGGAGUAUUAG